AUGGCGACGUUAUGGUUGGCCAUUCUACUGCCUUCUUACGUUUCUGUAGAAGCACUUAAGUUCCGUAUUCUGUUGUGCAAACUUCUAUUGCAGCAUCUGACAUCGAGGAAUCCCACCACAUUGACCAAGCCUGGAAACACGAUCUUGGUGUUUGAAAUUCUUAACUACCGUUUCCUUUCACUCUACAGGUAUCAAGGCAAGAGCAAGACCUUGAUGUAUGAUGUCACCAAAAUGAUUUCUACACUGAAGGGGAAACGUGGAGAUCAUCGCAUUUUCAGAUUGGCUGAGAAUUUAUGUAUGAAUCUGAUUUUGUCGUUGAGAGAUUUUUUCUCUGUGAAGAGGGAAGGGAAGGGUCCAACUGAGUUUACUGAGACUUUAAAUAGAAUAACAAUUGUUACUCUUGCAAUCAUAAUCAAAACUCGUGGAAUCGGGGAGUUUGAUCAGUUACUGUAUCUUCAGACAAUGCUAGAACAGAUUCUAGCAACUAGCCAGCAUACCUGGUCUGAGAAAACUUUGCGCUACUUUCCUUCAAUUUUACGCGAUGCUUUGAGUGGGCGAAUGGAUAAAAGGGGCUUGGCAAUCCAAGCAUGGCAGCAGGCAGAAACAACUGUUAUCAAUCAAUGCACACAGCUUCUUUCUCCAUCGGCUGAUCCCACAUAUGUUAUGACUUAUAUUAACCACAGUUUUCCUCAACACCGCCAGUAUCUUUGUGCUGGUGCGUGGAUACUAAUGCAUGGACAUCCAGAGAAUAUUAAUUGCACAAACCUUGGACGUGUCUUGAGGGAGUUUUCUCCUGAAGAGGUGACUGCAAAUAUUUAUACAAUGGUAGAUGUUUUGCUUCAUCAUAUUCACUUGGAACUACAGCGUGGACAUCCCUUGCAGGAUCUUAUGCUAAAAGCAUGUGGAAACCUUUCAGUUUUCAUCUGGACCCAUGAGCUUCUUCCUCCAGAUAUCCUGCUACUUGCACUUAUUGACCGCGACGAUAAUCCACAUGCUUUGCGCAUUGUAAUUAACUUACUUGACAGUAAGGAGCUCCAACAAAGAGUGAAACUUUAUCUCAUAAAUCGUGGCCCACCUGAACAUUGGCUUUCUUCUGGACCUUUCAAGCGUGUGGAAUUGCAGAAAGCUCUUGGAAACUAUCUGUCAUGGAAGGAAAGGUAUCCCACAUUUUUUGAUGAUAUUGCUGCACGCCUGCUUCCGAUCAUCCCCCUAAUCAUAUAUAGACUCAUUGAAAAUGACGCUAUGGAUGCAGCUGAUAGAGCUCUUCAAGUUUAUUCGACCUUCCUUCAUUGCUAUCCCCUGAACUUUACAUUUGUUCGUGAUAUACUGGCUUAUUUCUAUGGUCAUCUUCCUGGAAAGCUAAUACUCCGCAUAUUAAAUAUCUUGGAUAUUAAAAAGAUUCCAUUUUCCGAGUCAUUCCCGCAACAUAUCAACUCAUCAAAUGCAGCCAUGUGCCCACCAUUGGACUACUUUGCUACUCUUUUAUUAGGACUGGUGAAUCAUGUUAUUCCUGCUUUAAAUAAUAGCUCCAAAUGUGCAGCAAUGGGAGAUUUUGCAAAUAAUUCUACGCGUGCUCCCCAUGGCAAGAUCCAAGCCACAUCACAACCUGGGCCAACUAAUUCUUCUGAAGGGCAGAAACCAUAUUAUCAGAUGCAAGACCCUGGGACAUUCACCCAGCUGACUCUUGAAACAGCUGUAAUAGAAUUACUUUCUCUACCUGUUUCUCCUUCUCAGAUUGUCUCAUCUCUUGUUCAAAUUGUUGUACACAUACAACCAACCCUUGUCCAAUCCAGCAAUGGGCUACAUGGAGCUCCUGGUAGUUCUGGACAAGGCUCUAUCUUGCCUACUUCUCCUUCAGGGGGAAGUUCUGAUUCUUUGGGUGCAACUAGGACGACUCCAUCGGUUUCAGGAAUGAAUACUUCUAAUUUUGUUUCACGUAGUGGUUAUACUUGCCAACAGCUGUCUUGCUUGUUGAUCCAAGCUUGUGGUCUUCUUUUGGCACAACUUCCUCCGGAGUUUCAUGUACAGCUAUAUGUUGAAGCUGCACGCAUAAUCAAAGAAAGUUGGUGGCUUACUGAUGCAAAAAGAUCAGUGGGUGAACUAGAAUCUGCUGUUAGCUAUGCUCUACUAGACCCCACCUGGGCUGCACAAGACAAUACCUCAACAGCCAUUGGUAAUGUUGUUGCACUGUUACAUGCUUUCUUCUGUAACCUACCACAAGAAUGGCUCGAGGGAACUCAUCUUAUCAUUAAGCACCUUAGGCCUGUGACAUCUGUUGCGGUAUUAAGAAUAGCAUUUCGUAUUAUGGGUCCUUUGCUUCCGAGGUUGGCCAAUGCUCACACCCUUUUCAGUAAGACACUGUCGCUGCUUUUGAAUAUUUUGGUGGAUGUCUUUGGGAGGAACUCACAGCUAUCAACACCUAUUGAAGCAACCGAAAUCACUGAUCUUAUUGACUUCCUGCAUCAUGUAAUUCAUUACGAGGGGCAGGGAGGGCCAGUGCAAGCGUCUAGCAAACCUCGAUCUGAAAUUUUGGCUCUUUUUGGAAGAGCAGCAGAAAAUUUGCGUCCAGAUGUUCAGCAUCUUCUUUCCCACCUCAACACUGAUGCAAGAAGUUCUAUUUAUGCUGCAACUCACCCAAAAAUCGUCCAAACUCCUUAAUAAUUGUUGUUUCAUGCUAGCUUCUUUAUCAAGUGCUCCUUUAUGUAAUUCGACAGUGGUGAUGUUGAAAUGUACAUCUUAAAGGUAAUGUUGAAAUGUAUAUCUUAAAAAGAAGAGUAUUUGAUUGCAGGAAUUUAAUGCAAACUAUUUUAUGGCAUUAAGUUGCUUUUGCAGUUA